AUGAGUGGCAUAGAACCGGAAUGUCGUAUGAAGUGUCUGAUGACUUGGGCUCCACAACUAAAGCACUUCCUCUACCUAAUUCCAACUACUAAAACGUUUCUGUCAGGAAUGGUUGAGGUCGCAUACAUACUAGGACAUACAAACUGGCAAAUCACCCUUUGUGUACCUAAAGAAGCAGAGACUCUGGAAGCGCCACCAACGAUGGAGGACGAUAUAGAGAGGGCUUCGAGACGACGUCGAAACGACUGUUACCAGAUUGCUUUUUGUUAUCUAAAGGACAUGGCAAAACGUCGCCAGUGUCGAGUUUUCUCUGAGCUGGAUGAUGCCCUUCUUUACGUCGCCAAGGUUUCGUUCAAUGGUUUAUGA